AAAGGCUGAAGUUUACUUUUAAGGCGCACAACUUUACUGCGGGGUUCAAACACUUGCAAACCUCGGUGUGUUUGUGGAGAAAAGGAGCAGCGACCUGCGCGGUGAUGGAGGAGGAGGAGGCGGUGUCUCCGGAGGCAGAGCGGACAGGUGGUGCUGCUUCGCGGCUGCUGGACAACACAGCUGCCUGUUGUCAUGGAGGAGCAAAGAUGGCGCUGCUGGCCUAUAGCCUGGGCAAACGCGAAAUAAACCACCACUUCACCAUCAGAAAUGCCAAGCUGAUAUCGCUGGCGGUCGUCAGCCUGCUGCUCUUGUUCCACGCGGCUCUGCGGUUUUAUGAAGGUGGAGACUCCUGUGAAUGGCUGCUGUCCAGAGGACGCUACUUGGGAGAGAAUGUAUGGCAGCCUUAUGGCUGUAUGAUGCACAAGUACAAAAGCAUUGAAGCCAAAACAUGCCUUGUAAAGAAACAGGUGGUCUUUGUCGGUGACUCGCGAAUCAGGCAACUGUUUUACUCCUUCGUCAAAAUUAUUGACCCCGAGCGAGCCGAAGACGGAAACAAGCACGAGGACAUUUACUUUCAUGAUGAGAGGUCCUCUAUUAAUGUGGACUUUCUUUGGCAUCCUGAGGCAAAUAACUCGAUGAAGGAGCGCUUCAUGUUAUGGACUCAAGAAGCGUCCGCGAAGCCGGAUGUCGUCAUCAUCGGAGCUGCCACGUGGUCCAUCAAGCUGCACGGCGGCAGCGGCGAGACCCUUCAGCAGUACAGAGCCAACCUGACGGCCAUCGCCGCGCAUCUGGAGAAGCUGGCUGACCAUGCGGAGGUGUACUGGGUCCUGCAAGACCCAGUGAACGAGGAGAUGCUGAGCAAAAACAGGAAGAUGAUCACCAACCAGCAGCUGGAGCUGUACAAUGAAGCGGUGACGAACGUGCUCAACAGCAGCAAGUUCAACGGCAGAUCUCGGGUCAAGCUGCUGGCAGCUUCCCGCCAGGCCGCCCUGGAAACAAUCGCCCAAUCAGACGAUGGUUUACACCUGCCUGAGAGCACCAGGAAUGUGGGAGCCAUGAUCCUCAUGAACUCUAUCUGCAACAAGCUGCUGAGGCCCAUCGAUGGCUCCUGCUGCCAGAGACUGCCACCCCCAAACCUUUCCCAAAAGCUGUCGGCUUGUUUCUUCCUGGGCUCAGCCGUAGUGUUCGUGGUCCUCCACGUCCUUGGCAGCAGUCGCCACCGGCGCCCCGUGCCCCCCGACGUGGAGAGUCUCGAGGAGAAGAAGCCGGCCUUGGCGACUGCCCCCCUCGGACCGAAGGCGCCUUUCCAGGCUCUCUGCAGGAUGGGUGUUAUAAUGGCUUACUUCUACCUCUGUGACAGAGCAGACGUGUUCAUGAAGGAGCAGAAGUUUUACACACACUCCACGUUCUUCAUCCCCCUCAUCUAUAUCCUUAUUCUGGGAGUGUUUUACUAUGAGAACAGCAAAGAGACUAAAUUACUGAACCGAGAACAAACGGAUGAGUGGAAAGGCUGGAUGCAGCUCGUCAUCCUCAUCUAUCACAUCUCUGGAGCCAGUGCUUUCAUUCCCGUCUACAUGCAUGUGCGGGUGCUGGUCGCAGCGUACCUCUUUCAGACRGGCUAUGGACACUUUUCUUUUUUCUGGCUCAAAGGAGACUUUGGACUUUAUAGAGUUUGRCAGGUGCUGUUCCGCCUGAACUUCCUGGUUGUGGUACUUUGUGUCGUAAUGGACAGACCCUACCAGUUUUAUUACUUUGUCCCUUUGGUGACUUUCUGGUUUGUCAUCAUCUACGCCACAAUGGCCAUGUGGCCUCAGAUCCUUCAGAAGAGGACCAACAGCAGUGGAAUGUGGCAUCUUGGGGUUCUGAUGAAGUUACUAAGCCUCCUGUUGUUCAUCUGCUCUUUUGCCUUUUCACAGAGUUUUUUCGAGAACACCUUCUCCGUGUGGCCCACCUCYAUGCUCUUCGAGCUAAACGGAAGCGUCCACGAGUGGUGGUUCAGAUGGAAGCUGGACCGAUUUGCGGUGAUUCAUGGGAUGGUGUUUGCCUUCAUCUACCUGGUGCUACAGAAGCGUCAGGUGCUGUCUGAGGGCAAAGGAGAGACUCUCUUCCCUGCAAAGAUUUCCAACCUGCUCCUCUUCCUCUCUGUUGUCUCCUUUAUAACUUACUCGAUAUGGGCGAGCAGCUGCAGAACCAAAACAGAGUGCAACGAGAUGCAUCCUUACAUCUCUGUGGUCCAGAUUCUGGCCUUUAUUCUAAUCAGAAACAUUCCCGGCUACAUCCGCUCUAUUUAUAGCUCAUUCUUUUCCUGGUUUGGAAAGAUCUCCUUGGAGCUGUUCAUUUGCCAGUACCACAUCUGGCUCGCGGCCGACACCAAGGGCAUUUUGGUCCUCAUCCCGGGAAACCCUUCGCUCAACAUCCUGGUGAGCACCUUCAUCUUCGUCUGCGUAGCGCARGAAGUUUCCCUCAUCACCAACGACCUGGCCCAGGUGGUCAUCCCCAAAGACAGCAUGGCGCUGCUGAGGCGACUGGGGGCCGUGGCYGUCUUCAGUCUGCUUGUGUUGCUGUGGAGCAAGGGGAACCAGCCUGGCACUUGAAAGACACCUUGUGAUGGAGGAUGGGGGGGUUAGAAUCUAAAAUGCCUGUUUUUGGCCUUCGAAUGGACAAAAACUCUGGUGGUGGUGAAGAAAAUCUGUAGWUGUUGGGUCUUUUACUUUUUGACUGCUGCAACCUACAUAAACUGAAAAAAAAAAAAACCUGAAACAAGAGGUUGAUCUGUUCAAAACAGGACAAGAUAAAACCACUGAAAUGUUUACAUUAUCUGGGUGUACAGUUAGACGUCUCUAAAGAGUUUCUCUCAUUUCAGGACAUCACGUUUGCAGUGAGUUUUCAAGCAUCACUAKUUUUUAGCCCAACAGCCCUUCUGCAGUAGCCGUUGUUCCUGGCGUCGCUCCUCUGUGACCGGGAUCUCCGUCCACAUAACCUUAGCAGCUGAACGGCUAUAACUAGCACCUUUAGCUCUUUACAACAAACAUUAAAUCGUACUGCUUUGUAUCACUAUUAACAUACAGUAUAUUCAAGCUGUUAGYUAUUUAGUUAUGCAACAUUUGGCUGAGAAAAAAAAAAUCAUAGKCUAACGUAAUUWAAAGUGCAAUGGAUAAAAUGUUGAACUUUCAACCCUCCUUUUUUUGAGUAAUUUUACACCCACCUCACAGAAAGGCUCUGUGUUUACCUGCUGUUGCUCUGAAAAGGCACGACAUGUAUAGUAUUUAAUGAUUUAAAUUAAUAUUAUAUUUUAUACAGUUCUUGGCUUUGUUUUGUACUUUGCGUCCGUAACUGCUGUGAGUGACGAAGUAUCGCAUAGUUUGUUUUUGUACCCAUCCCAGCGUCUCCUAGAUGAGGUUGAGCCUUUUGAWCUUUGAGCCGUCUCUCUCGUUAGCAGCACACUUCGUUGUACUUAUGUAAAUAUAUAUAAAUAUAUAUAUUUGUAUGAUAGAAUGGAAAAUUUAUUUUGUACAGCAAUGUUUCUGUUACGUCCUUUACAUUUCAGUUCAAACAUGCCUCUUAUUUUACUCCACGUUGCACAUAAUAUAGGAGUAACAGCUAAAUAUCCUUCCUCCUGCCUGUGAWAUUUGACUCUGUGGGUACGAGAGGUGGUUCUGUUCAUGAGCGCCUUUCUUAUUUUCCCGCCCUCAGAUGCUUAUAGGUACAGCGCGUCUUCGUCGGAGGUGGCUGAGCUGAAUCUCUCCAUGUUUAGGUGCUUUGAUUAGCACCACYUCAGAGUUUCAAACUUGCACUGAAGGACCUGAGAGGAUAUAUUGUUGUAAAAUAAAGGAGAUUUUGUUUUUUUAGAUGAGCGGACAAUGUAACUUACUAGUCAAGACAUUCAAGAGAGAGCACUUUUAUUUUGACGCCUGCAUUUUUAAUUUCCUUUUUCAUCUCUAAGGUGGAAUACAGUGUUUAACACAACUUUGUUUGGCACAUUUUUAUUGUGUAAACCAGAUUUGUCAUGGUAGUUUUUGCGGAUACAAAACAAUAAAAAUAUAUAUUAAAACUGUGUUGCUGAUGACCCUACCAUUUGGGUAGUAAAACAUUGUGGUGUAAAUCAUUUAUUUAAAAAUUACCACUCUUUUUUGUUGUUUUUCUGUUACAGUGACAUUUUGUUUGCAGACGCCAGUCAGAACUUCACUGUAUAGAUGUACUUCCAUGUUACUGUUUUACCUUAGAUGUAUAAAGUUUACUGUCUUGUUUUCUCAUCCAUUUCUGAUCAACAACUAAACAGUAAAUUGGGCAGUUUUCCAGGCCUUAUUUGAUCUAUUUGGAUGUGUAAAAGCAACAUAUACCCACGUUCUGGGUCUCUUGUAAUAUUUUACAUGUAUUUUUUGUGACGUCUGUGGAUCUGUAUUCAUAUUUAUAAAAGCCUUUAUUAUGUUGUACAUGGUUAAAGAUACUUCCAAAGAAUGA